AUGCCUUUCAUCAACGCCCUGUCUCGAAAACGCCGCCCGUCCUCUCCCACUCGGACUUCCACUCCGGCCCGAUGGUCAACCCCGCGAUUGACCAAGCUCCCCAAGCUCGAUCACAUCCUCUUCGAUGGCACAGCGUCUCACUCGAUAGAGUCUACCAGCACAGGUCGGUCGAAGGUCAGUGUCAAGAGUCAGCUCAAGAGAGGGGUCUCGAGUAUCAAAACCAUUCUGGGCCUGGGAGACAGAUUCAGUGACUCCAGCAUCCGGCAUCAUCCUGAGGCAGGGUUUGCCUCCACUCAAGGCCCCCGGGCAAGCCAGGUGCUCGGGAACGAGUCUAAUGUCACUACCGUUUGUCAGCCCCUGAGACUACGAUUGACGGCUCUGGCCGAUAUGCCUGAGGGAAGUCACGACAUGCCUGAAUCAAUGACAUGUCGAAAUUUCGAAGAUGCCGACUUUAUCCCAUCCGAAUGGACAAGAAGUCACAAGCUCGAGCGCCGCAACCUCCGUCGGAGUCACUCGGCACCUGGACUUCAACGCCGAAUCACCCAGAAAUUCCAGCAAGCAUUUGGUAAUCCCACUGUUGUGAGAAGAUCUGAACUGCGAUCUAGACCUAGCAUCCAGACACUGGCAUUUGAAGCGGCAGAGGCCACUUCCACCCAGCCAUCAUCAAACCCCUCUACCUUGAACAGUAGCAGUAGCUCGCCCAUCGCCCGGAAAACGUCCACUCCGUUGACCUCGGAGCCGGUGACGCCCAAGUCGAUGGGACGACCCGGAAGCAUGAAUUCCUUUGACAUUGACCGUCAAAUCUAUUUUGCAGAAGCCCGACUAACCCCCAUUCCGGAGAGUUCCACCCUGCCACCCAUCUCAAUCAAGACGGUAGAGUCGGCGGCGGCGGCAAAGGUGUUCUUCGAGAUGCAUUUCAACUCGCUCCUCGGCGGAGAUGCUCCACGGGCAGUUCGCAGACGAAUGUUGGAGUUGAAUCUCCGAGAACAUCACCUGUCUCCCAACAGUCAAUACCGAGCUCGGAAAGCCUGGGAGCGGGCCGAAAGCGAGAAUCUCCGCCAAUCUCGGGUCCUGAAGAACACGACGAACCAGGCGAAAGCGGCCCAAGGCGUCGCGAUAGGCGGGUUCAAGGUGGUGAGCGUCUUGGGGAAAGGGAGCUUUGGUGUUGUCCGGCUGGUCAAGGCCAAAGGCAGCCAGGACGGCUCGGCGGGGUCCGAGGCGGUCAAAGACAAAGGGCUCGAACUCAAGCCUUCGCGGGCCAGCUUGAAGGCGUCGGUCAAGGCACUGCCCGGGUCCAUCAUGAGCAAAAGGCGAGAGCUGGCUCGAGGGAGAAAGGAGGUGUUUGCCAUGAAAGUCAUACGCAAAUCAGACAUGAUCAGGAACGGGCAGGAAGGCCAUCUCCGGGCCGAGCGAGACUUUCUGGUUGCGGCCGAAGGGGCGAGAUGGGUCAUCCCCUUGAUUGCGGCGUUUCAGGACCGGAAGCAUCUAUACUUGGUCAUGGAAUACUGCAUCGGAGGAGACUUCCUGGGUCUCCUCAUCCGGCGGAAUGUUCUCUGCGAAGAAGUGACCAAAUGGUAUAUUGCUGAGAUGAUCCUUUGUGUGGAGGAGGCGCAUCGAAUGAGGUGGAUCCAUCGAGACGUCAAGCCGGACAACUUCCUCAUUGCCAUUGACGGCCACCUGAAAAUCUCGGACUUUGGGCUGGCUUUUGACGGGGAGUGGACUCAUGAUCAGAAGUUCUACCAGGAGAAUCGGCAUUCGCUUCUCGAGCAACUGGGCAUCCAUCCGGAAGGAGACGAGCAGGACCGACGGGAAAGGGAAGAGAGGGAAGCGAGACCGACUGGGCCCUGCAGCUCAUUGAGAGGAUGUCCCCAGCAUGCCCGGGAGAUAUCACCGUUUAGGGAUGAGCCGGCCAUGGGCGAGCCCAUCCUCGAUUGGCGCAACCGCUCUCAACGGCGCCGACUUGCCCGGUCGGUUGUAGGGACGUCGCAGUAUAUGGCGCCGGAGGUGAUUCGUGGAGAGAUGUAUGACGGGCGGUGCGACUGGUGGAGCAUUGCCAUCAUCAUGUACGAAUGUCUUUACGGCUUCACUCCCUUUGCCUGCGAGGAUCGCCAUCAAACCAAGCUCAAGAUCCUCCAGCACAAGAAAACCCUGGUCUUCCCGGAGACCGGAACGGUGGCUGGACCAAGUAUCGAAGCGAUGGAUCUGAUGAUGCAGAUUCUGGUUGAAAAGGAAAAGCGUCUGUGCAGUCGUCAGUACGAGCUCAACGACUUCACCCGGAAAAUCGUGCGGGGUCGGGUGAUCCGGUGCGCUGCCGACAAGAUCCAUCAGAACUAUCAGGGCUACUUUGUGUAUUCGGGCGAUGCCGAAGACAUCAAGCGCCAUGCAUUCUUCCGGGACAUUGACUGGGACACCGUCCAUCUCCGCCGGCCGCCCUUUGUGCCGCGGGUCCGAGACUGGGAAGACACCAAAUACUUUGACGAAGAGGAGCCGGUCUCGGACAUUGACACCGCCACCACCAUCGAAGAGGGCCAGGAGGUUGGAGUGGGCUGUGAGAACCUGAACCCUCAAUGUCCCCAGGAAGCUCAGUCUCGGCCUCCCAGGGUCGGGAGUUCACAAGCGAGCCAGCAUCAGCCGGAAGGCCAGAACAUUGUGCCGUCGAUGGCGAUGAAGCUUCCGCACAUGGACUGCCCGGUCUUGGAUUCCACUCUCUCGGUAAAGGAUAGCAUGGAUGACUUGAAGAAUCCGCUCCUGGCCCCGCGGAAUGCAGAAGGGGCCUUGACCCACGGCGGUCCUGGAAUUACACUGCUAGAGAAUGGGAUUCAAGUGGACGGCCCAACGGAGACGGAAAAGAUAGCUGCCCAACUUGAAGUGGCCAAGGCACCGGCAAAGAAAAAGGAGCAGAAGCGACCCAGAGACGUGAUUUUGAGGGACCCAAUCGCGGGGGCUGAAGCUCUGGAGAUCCGGAAAGUCAGUGCAUUUCUUGGGUACGACUAUCGACAGCCGGCCAUGGUCCAGGACAUCAUUGAGCAGGUGAUUGCCGAGGACAAUGCCAGCAGUAGGCCGAGGGAUAAUCGGUUCGGGGGGGACCACGGUGAUCUCGACUUGAUCUCGGAAAAACGCAUGUUUGUCGAAGCGGGAGGGCAACUGUCGCCCGGUCGAAGGGGCGCCGGGCUGCUGUGA